AUGCCGACGGCGAUCAAAACACACCAGGAGUGCGGACUGCAGGUUCCGGAGUUUAGCCUGGGUGAGGAUGUCGAGAAGGAGUUUUGCACCGGAGCCGAGCUGGUCGAGUUUAUGGGAAUGGUGGCGCUGUCGUGUGAAACGGAGGAGGACGAGUAUCUGAACUCGUACGACUUUUGCGGCGAGCGGAGGGAGAUUGGGAACGUUAAGGUGCUCCACUGGAGGGGACUUUUCACGACGGCUCAGGUGGAAGCGGUCUACGAUGCCGUACGGGAGGCACUGGUAAAAGAAGCGCACGUGCCAUGGUUUGGGUUUUAUGUACACGGGUUUUCGCACAGCCCGGUUAGCUUUGGGAUGCGAGAGAACUACUUCCAUACCGAUGGGGACAAUUCGUACGCCGUGGUGCUGAAUCCAAAGGGGGAAUACCUGUGGUAUCAACUGGCGGGAAACAAUAAAAUACCGAAAUAA